GCGAGAUGCUGAGUAUUGUGCAUGAGGAAUCUACGAUUUUUGAGGAAGAAAAGGAGAACAAUUUGAAUAGGGAUCUGCACUUUGAUAGUUGUAAUCUUUCUAAUUUAAGUCAAAAAUUGGCACAGAAGUUGAGCAAGCAAAAAAAUUGAGCAUCGAGGAAGAAGCCCAGGGAGAUUAUUAUCAAUAAUAGCUCAAUUUUUGAUUUGCAAGGAGAGAAACCUCUAAAGCAACUUAAGAGAACAAAAUCACCGAAGAAUGAGGCUAUCCUUAAUAUUCCAAAAGACAUUGAACUCAAGUUAAAACAAAGGAAAUCAAGAAAAAUCGCUCCACUGGAAGUGAAAAGGAGAAUAAUACUAUCCAAAAAACAGAGGGCUCUAUCUCCUGACACAGGGAGUAAAUUCUUCAUCAAAAGAAACAAGAGCUCUCGUAAUUGCAAGUCUCCUACCCCCUGAAUCCAAAGAAGCUUUUCAAAAGCUCUUCAGACUCAUAAGAAUGCUAAUCUAGGCACAAAUCUUAAAAUUCUUGAUAUAAACAACUCUCAGAUGGUUUUCUGCUCCCCAAAGAAAUCCUUGGCUGUACAGAAUGAAAGUCUUCCAGUGAUCCCCAGAUUUAACGACACUACUAACACAGAAUCGACUAAGGACAACUCUUCUCCUUCUCCAUGAUCUCCAUUGAAAAGGAAGCAGAGAGGCAAGAAUCUCUCAUUCCAUUUGAACUCCAAAAAUUGUGUCUACUUGAAGCCACUCAGGAUAAGCAAAAAGCCUAGCACUGCUCUUAAGAAGAAGAGAACUUUCAAUGAGAGUGUAUUUUCCAAAGCUAGGAGAGAAAUGAAGUUCUAAGGAUCUUAGUCUGGAAAAAGAUUCAUAAAAUCCAUUACCCAACAUUUGAUGGUGAAGUGAUGAAUCUUUUGCUAGUCCAACUGUGAUGACUUGAUUAAUAACUUUAUACUAUCUUUG